UCGCCACCAGAACUCUCACCUCUGGAGCAGGAAGUUCUAGAAGAGUAUGAGCGGCUAUCAACAAACAUGAAGACUCUGGCGACUUUGCUGGACAAUCUGGCGUCGAACCCGACCGUCGGGAUUUUGGACGGGCUGCGGGAGCUGGAGCGCAAGACGAGCUUGGCGUUUACCCUGCUCAAGGCGAGUGUGUAUAGUAUUGUGCUGCAGCAGGAGAUUGAUUGGGGGGCUGGGGGGGAGGAGCAGGGUGGGGAGGAGGCGAAGGAGGAGGAAACGAAGGUUGAGGAGGAAGACGAAGAUGAAGGAGAA